UUCGCGGCUGACGCUUCUGACGCCAUCAGUGUAUAUUACUUACGUCAGAAGCUGUGUGCCUUGGUUGUGAGACGCAUGUCAAACCCGGCAAGACCUACCACGCCUUUGGAUGAACAGAUCUUGGCUGCUGUGGUUCAAGUGCUAGGCGCCGAAGAGCGCAACGUGGGUCUCAGCCAGCCAGCCGGCAUAGGACAACGGCCCAAACCGCUGACAGUAGAAGCGGGCGGCUGGCGGCGCGAGGAGCCCCACUCAGAAUUCGCAGCGGCCCUGAAUCGCGCUCGCGGGCCCGCCUGGCGCUCGGGGCCCGCGUCGCCGGAGGGCCCGGGGGCCCCGGGGCCCGCGGGGCCCGAGGCGCGGUACUUCCUGUCGCGGGUCGAUGACCUGCACGCGCUGGAGACGGCGCAGGCGACUGGAGUGUAUCCGUUCGCGCAGGCCACCGCUAAGAAGCUGCUGAAGGUUAAACAGGAGGGCUCGCGCGUGGUAGUGGUGUUUAGUUGCGCGCGCGCCGGUGCUUUGCUAGGCUGCGCGCGGCUACAGGACUCACCGCCGGCCUCGCUCGCGCUCGAGUGGCUGAGCACGCAGCACGUGCCGCACCACGCCAUACGGCACAUAACCAAUUCUCUCGCGGGAGGCGCUCGCGCAGCCGGUGCCCGGGAUGGCACAGAACUAUGCUGUGCCGCCGCCCGCGCGCUGCUCGCCGCCGCGCCGCGCCGCCACCCGCGGCACACGCACCAUCCGCACCAGCCCAGACCCAUACAGAAGCACGAGCCGUGA